AUGUCGGCCCAUACACGACGUGGAGAAGAAGGCUUUGCUCAUGGGAAACUUUCCUUUUCCGGCAUGAAGAAAACCCUACGCGACUUCGCCCAUAUAUACAUGUUUUUAGCCGCUGAAGAAGAGAGUCGAGUCCAAAACCAUCCAUAUUGCGAGCUAGCUACAAACCAAUCUCACAAGGUGUUAAGCGAGAACACUUCCUCCUCGUGUUCGACCCCGACUACAACAUCUAAACCCGCAUCACCUUACUCUUCUGAAAUCAUAACAUGUUGUCUUCUUGCUGCACUUUCUUCAGGAUCAGGGCAAUUGAUGUAUCUGAUAGUGACUUCUUGCAGCUCUUGCAUAACCUACUCAGUCGUGGGAAUUGGAGCUACCGGUGGGCUCCGGUUUCCACUUUCUCUCUGUAUUUGUGGCCGAGACGUUUCAGAUCUGGCUGAGAAUGUUUGGCGCUCCGGUGUGUGGCUUCUGUUCUUUUCACGCCACUUUUGUGGAGGGUGGUAG